UGGAAACACUGUGGGACUCCGUGGACAUCAAGAAGAGGACAUUUAACACCAAACCAGCUCCGUAGUUUUCACGGAAAAGUAACUUCAGCUGACGGUGUUCGGAUAGUCGAUUAUCUGCUUGUGGUGGAGAUGCAGAGGGGUUCAAAGUUAAGCAGAGUUAGCUCUCCUCGGUUAGCUGCGUCGUUAGCAGAAGCUGGUGCUGUUAGCUUUCCGUUGACAUCUUUGGUCAGUUAGACAAAAACAACAAAACAAAACCGCUAAUAAACAACUCUUUCAGCCCACAACAAAGAAACUGACGCGUAAUUACACACAUCUGACUUCGGUUUAAUCAGUCACCAUGAACAGGACCAAACUGAAGAAAAUCAAGGCUCCAGGAGGGCAGAAGAACAUCUCAUCCUUUUUUUCCUCUCAAAAUCACAAGAAGGAAUUGUCAUCUUCCACAAAAUUAUCUGUCGCCUGCACUGCACACACCAAGACUGAACCUCAGAUCAAAGAUGCUGGAACCUCUACAUUCAGAUGCCUUUCGCCCUUAAAGAGGAGUGUCCUUGGGGACCUUGAAAACCUCCUACCCUCCUCUCCGGAUCUUCUUCUCUCCGUGCCUGAGACUCCCAACAGUCAGAUUAGGCCUGCUUGCUGUUCUCCUUCUAGAGAUACAGAUCAACCGAGCCUGGAAAAGCUCGGCCAACUGUCCCCCAUCUGCCGUAGUCCAUGCUCCAAAGGGCAGAGUUUACGGAGAGUUAUGACUGUGGAAGGAAAAGCCAAGAGGGAAGAAGGAUGUUCUGGCUCAGUAAAAAGACUCAUCAGCCCUCCUCAAGAGUUUCAAAAUUCCAAAAGAUCAAAAACUACCAAUCCACCAGCACAAAGAGCUGUGCUCAGCCCCACAGGCUGCACCCUGAAAAUAACGAGACCUGUGAGUGGCCCUCUAAAGACGCCUAAUUUCUCCAGCAAACAGUCAGAGGACCAAUCUGAAAGGUCAGAGGGUCGCAGCAAGGACACUGAAGCGGUUUUUAAUGGCAACAAAACCUCUUUUGGGGAACAAAGAAAUAAUCAGGAAGUGAGAGAAAAUGAAAAAGACUUUACUGUGAUAGCAGACCAGAAAGUAACUGAGGCAAACCUGCACACUCAUCGCAAAAAGGAUACUCUUAGUACUCACAUGCACAAAUCUGGAGAAACUAUGACAGCUGCAACACUGACAAGUGCCGAGGAGGGACAGAUUGACAUUAAGAAGACGGGAGCGACAAGCACAGUAAUGACAUCACUGAAUGAAGACGGAGACGGUGCAACACCAUCAGAUCAGCAGCGAGCCAGAGAAAAUACUGGAACAACGUCUACGUGUCCAAUGGAAGAGGGGUUGGAAGAGAGCUGGUUUGCGGAGCAGAUGGAUCUAAAUGAAGGUCUUGUCACAGAGGCUGAAUCCAAAAAGCCCCGUAAGGUGCCAGACCAUGUGAUCCUCUCUGGAGGCCUAAACAACCGCUACUGGGUUUUAGAUGUGGAGGAGCGGCCUGGCCUCAAAACACUGACCAUCUCAUGCUCCAGAUCCCUACAUCCAACUGAGACAUGUCUGCUGAAAGAUGGAUGGGAGAUGACACCUGUUUGCUGCGGUGAUGUGGUGCAUCUAGAGGGCUGCUCUGAUGGGGGAUCCUGGGUAAUGGACAGGGAGCAAGGCUUCCUCGUUUUACUACCUGAUAACCUCAUCUCAGGUACGAGCAUCUCGAGCUCCAUCCGCUGCAUGAGGCGUGCAGUACUGGGAGAUAUGUUCAGGAGUUUUGACGGCGGCUCCAAGCAAAUGCUAAACGGCACCAUGGCCCAUGAAGUCUUCCAGAGAGCAGCUGUGGCUAAAGAUUUUUCUCUGGAGACUCUGUCUAAGCUUGCUGACCAAGCCCUGUGCCGUCCUCAGUAUUUAGGAGACAUGUACAGUUUGGGUGUGAGCCAGGAAGAGAUGAAGCAGGAACUACAUGGUUAUCUGCCCUCGCUGGAACAUUGGGCAAAAGAAUACCUCAGCUCCCCGACACCGAAAGCCAUCAGCCUCAAAUACCUCAGCAGCAGCAGAGGACCGAGCAGGGGUCAGGAUUCAUCAGCUGUCGUCACGGUAGCAGAGCUGGCAGACAUAGAAGAAAAUGUUUGGUCACCGAGAUUUGGUCUGAAAGGUAAAAUCGACGUGACGGCACGGGUUCGAAUUCAAAGACCACGAAGUAGUAGUCACAGAACCCCAGAGGAGAGCACCGUCCCCCUGGAGCUGAAAACUGGAAAAGAGUCAAACUCGAUAGAGCAUCGCAGUCAGGUGAUUCUUUACACUCUGAUGAGUUUGGAGAGAUACAACUCUGAAGCUGGCUUCCUGCUUUACCUCAAAACUGGCAACCUGCACCCUGUAGUGCCCAGUCACAUGGACCGCAGAGAGCUGCUGAAGCUGAGAAACACUUUGGUUCAUCACAUUCACAACUGUGUGGAAAAAGAGGGGAAGCGAAGCCGUUUGACUCGACUUCCUGACAUCCUGACCGACAGACAGACCUGCCAGUAUUGUCCUCAGAGGAGAAACUGUGCUUUAUAUGAGAGGGCGGUCAGUUGCAGCUCUGCAGAUGUCUGCGACGAUGUUGUGCGUGACUUCUUACAGCAGGAGACCGGUCACCUGAUCCCACCACAUCUGAGCUAUUUUUCCCAUUGGCUGCUGCUCUGCUGCCUCGAGGCUGCCAGCAUGGAGGCCAAGAACGGCCGAAAGCGUGUGUGGCUUCAGACAGCUGAGGAGAGUGAGAAGAAUGGGAGCUGUGUGGGGAAUGUGCAGCUCAGUGGCUCAGUGACUGUGCAGUCUGAAGGGGUCUAUCUCCAUCGUUUCCAAAGAAGCAAUGUGAUGCCAGAAAAGGGUUUGACCAGCAGCGGUUUGACCAGCAGCGGUUUGACCAGCAGCGGUUUGACCAGCGGGGAUCGCAUUGUUGUUAGCGACCAGAAAGGUCGUCUGGUUGGUUUGGCAACAGGAUACCUUUGUGAGGUCAGCAGAACUUCAAUCAGCUGCACUCUAGACAGAGACCUGUCUAAGUUCCGUGGUGUUGUGUUUCGACUGGACGGUGAUGAAGGUGUGGUGGGCCUCAGCACUCACCUUACCAAUCUCUCCAGACUGAUGGAAAACUCUCAGGACAGUGAUCGUCUGAGGGGGCUAGUUGUUGACCUUCGUCCUCCAGAGUUUACUUCCAACCUCAGCUGUGUUCUGCCGAGAGAGGCCAAGGACACUGUGGCCAACAUCCUCAAAGGUCUCAACAAACCCCAGAAGCAGGCCAUGAAGAAGGUGUUGCUAUCUAAAGAUUACACACUGAUUGUUGGAAUGCCGGGCACAGGCAAAACCACAACCAUCUGCACGCUGGUCCGCAUCCUUCAUGCAUGUGGGUUUAGUGUGUUGCUGACCAGCUACACACACUCCGCUGUUGACAACAUCCUGCUGAAGCUAAAGCUCCGGGUUGGGUUUCUACGUCUUGGACAGGGGCAGAAGGUUCAUCCAGACAUCCUGCCUUACACAGAGGAAAAUGCAAGGAAGAAGGGAAUUCACACUCUGUCAGAGUUGGAGCAGCUCUAUAACAAGGAGCUGGUCGUGGCCACCACCUGUAUGGGCAUCAAGCAUCCCCUUUUCACACGUCGGCGGUUUGAUUUCUGCAUCGUAGAUGAAGCUUCACAGAUCAGCCAGCCGAUCUGUCUGGGACCGCUGUUCUAUGCCAAGAGAUUUGUCCUAGUUGGAGACCACCAACAGCUGCCGCCAAUAGUACAAAAUCAGGAGGCUAGGUCACUUGGGAUGGACGAAAGUCUGUUUAAGCGACUGGAGCUCCACAGUGAAGCAGUGGUUCAACUCAACGUACAGUACCGGAUGAACAGUCAGAUCAUGUCUCUCAGUAACUCCCUGAUGUACGAGGGACGGCUGGAGUGUGGAUCAGAGAGGACAGCCACGGCCCUGCUCACCCUGCCCUUCCUGCCGUCUGUCCAGUCGGAGCUCAGAUCCUACUCUGAGGCUCAUCCCCAGCACAACCUGGGUUGGAUACAAGCCACAUUGUUGCCUAGCAACCCUGUUUGCUUCCUAGAUUGCUCCAUGGUUCCAGCUCUGGAGUCGGUGGAGCAGGGAGGUGUUAGCAAUCACACUGAGGCUGCUCUUAUACGUAUGUUGCUUUCCCUGCUGAUAAAGGCAGGGUGUAAGCCCAGUGAUGUCGGUGUUAUCGCCCCCUACAGGCAGCAGUUAAAGAGUAUCUCUGCUCUGCUGCAGUCCUCCGCGUUCACAGGGGUGGAGGUGAAUACAGUGGACAGAUACCAAGGACGGGAUAAAAGUCUGAUCAUUUUUUCUUUUGUACGGAGCACUGCAGAGGAAGGAAACUUAGGUGAGCUGUUGAAGGACUGGCGUCGCUUAAAUGUAGCCAUUACCAGGGCGAAACACAAGCUGCUGAUGGUGGGCUCUGCCACAACGCUACGGCGCUACGCACCUGUGGAGAAACUACUCAACCAUCUCCAGCGAGAGAACAUGAUCAUCCAGCUCCCGCCAGCUGCUCACAAGGCCUUACCAAGCAUGUCCCUGUGACAGGCGUCUAUGAAGUUUCAGGUCACCCUCCUGUGACUGAAUGACCUCAACAGCACUGAGAUUGAAUGCCAUUCUGCAAAGGCAUUAAAAGAUCUGGAGACUGUGAUCAGUUGUAUCUCAGUGGCAUUUGCAGACAAUUGCACUGCAUCUGUGAGAUGGUCUUACAGUUAAAAUGUGUUGAACUGACACCUGGUGGAUAAUGGUGCUGUGCAUCAAACUUCACAUAAGACUGGUCACUACUCAUAAACUCAGAUAUUUGCAAUCUUAAUACCUCUGUCAAUACAGUGACUGUUUUAAACUUGACUUUUGGUACUUUGUCUUAGCAUUUACACACAACACAAACUCACUAGUAAUGUGAAUAUGAAAUGCAAACCAAGUUAUUUAUAAUUAAUGUCAUAAUUAACAGUCAGAUAAGCUUAGAGAUCUUCAUCAAUCAACUGAAUUGCAGUUUUCAGAUUGUUUUACUAAAUCAAUAUUUUUCUAGCUCAAACCUCAAGCAUGUUGUAUACAGGGUGAGGCGAUGUCUGUAGUGUCUACUUGAUGAAAAGUAUUGCAUUGGCAGUGCUUUGAUUUAAUCUGAUGAAUUACAUUGGUCUACAACAAUAAAGAAAUGGAAAGAUCACAUUUAUAUAAUUAGUUGUUUUUCAUUCACCACUCUAGAAUGUUAAACUGCUGCUGACAGAAAAAGCUGAAGCAAAACCAAGAUUUUGAGUCAGUUCAUUUCCUUACAAACAAAACUACCUGAUAUCAUGGCAACAAGUUAAAACUACAGAUAUUUGUUGGGAACUACAAUUAAGAAAGAAAUCUAUCCAGCUCAAAAGUAAUUUAAUGCUGAUUAACUGUGAUGGUUUAACUGAUUACUAAGUUUUUCAUUAGAGCAUGUUAAACAGCGGUCUGUUUGUUUGUUUUUUAGUUUGCCAGGUGGAAUUGAAUAAUUGAAUGAAUGGAUGAUACACAGACUAAUAACGUCCCUGCCAGCGAGCUAUCUGUGAUUCUGCCUUUGAUCCGUUUGAUUUUUGUGAAACUUUUUUAAUGUGAUUUUUUUCUUUUGUGUCAUGU